AUGCUCCCAUACCUGAUACUCAGUUAUAUCUCUGUUUCAUACGUUAUUGUGCUCUAUAUUUCUGCUAGAGAAGCAGAAAACUUCAAAAUUAAAAGAGAUGACCCCAAAGUGAUCAAACAUAGAAUGGAAAUGUUGUGCAAAAUAAUGUUGCUAAACCUGUUUGUUUUACCAUUUUUACAGACAACAUUUGCGAAGGUGUCUCCUUCCUUUGGUGACGCAUUUUUAAAUUUGGGACUUAUACCAGGUCAUUACAUCGCAGGCCACUGGGAUAUAAAACAAUAUCUGAAAGAUAUAUUGAAAGUGAUACUAUUGAUAAAUCUGUUAUAUAUUGGACCAGUUUUGGAUGGCUUAUUGUAUUAUGUUUUUACGAAUGGUAAGACUCUCAAAAGUGAUAUAAUUGAGUUGUUUGGCAAUAUCUGGGGUGUCAGAAACUAUAUUUUUGCCCCUAUAACUGAGGAGCUGUUUUAUACUUCAAUGUUAUUGACCACUUAUUUAUCGUUUUACUCUCUCAAUGAGUUAUCACUCGACAAACUACUUUGGGAAACCUCCUUAUUUUUUGGUCUUGCCCAUGCACAUCACGCUUAUGAAAGCUUUCACGAAGGUGUUUACAGCAAGCUAAAUAUUUUGAUGAGUACUUUGUUUCAGGUUUUAUAUACUACAUUAUUUGGUGCUCUGACUAAUUAUGUCUUCAUAGCGACAGGAGGGAACUUGUGGGCAUGUAUUUUCCUACACAUGUUUUGUAAUAUUAUGGGUUUCCCAGGCAAGUCUACGUUUAUCUUUCAUUUUACAAUAAUGGAGAAUAAUAAUAAUAAUAAUGCAGCACUACAGAGGUUGCUGAGGCUAUGGGAGACUUCUUACCUUGGACUUUUGGUACUAGGUAUAAUUGUAUUCAUUAAAAACUUCAAGUUUUUGAUUGGAACUGACUUGUACGGGAUUAGUUUCUGA